AUGCAGAACGAAGCCGGAGAGUUUGUUGAUAUGUAUGUGCCAAGGCGUUGCGAUGUCAGCAAUCAGUUGAUCGGCGCCAAAGAUCAUGCAUCCAUUUCCAUCCGACUCGCCGAAGUCGAUCACAACACUGGUCGUAUGACUGGAAAGUGCAAGACAUUCAAUAUCUCCGGCCAGGUCCGCGCUAUGGUAAUUGCUGCAUUUGUUUUCUGACGGUUUCUAGGGUGAAUGUGACGAUUCCCUUAAUAGGUUAGCAGUAAAGGCCAAGAUGCUACCCAAGUACGCAAUAUUCUUUACGAUUCCUAACUGGAACCAUUUUUUAGGGACUUCUGCGAAUAA